AUGGCCGUCACCCAGGUUCAGCAGGCGUCCACGGACGGCAUGGACGUCUGGCGCGUGCCGUGCCUGUCGGACAACUACUCGUGGCUCCUGCGUGAUGCCUCGGGUAAGGUCGCCAUGGUCGACCCCGCCGAGCUGGGGCCCGUCGUGGCCGCGCUCGAGCAGCUGGGCCUCAAGCUCGACUACAUCCUGAACACCCACCACCACGACGACCACGUCGGUGCCAACCUGGCGCUCAAGGAGAAGUUCGGCUGCAAGAUCGUCGGCCCGAAGGCGGACGAGAAGCGCAUUCCGGGCAUUGACGUGGCGCUGGGUGACGGCGAGACCUUUGCGGUGGGCGAGCAGAAGAUGGUGGUGUUCGACACGCCCGGGCACACGACGGGCCACAUCACGCUCUUCUUCGAGGACGCCAAGGCGCUCUUCCCGGGCGACACGCUCUUCCUCAUGGGCUGCGGCCGCAUGUUCGAGGGCACCCCGCAGCAGUUCUGGGGCUCCCUGAACCGCCUCAAGUCGCUGAACCCGGAGGCCCGCGUGUACUGCGCGCACGAGUACACGCAGUCGAACGCGAAGUUCGCGGUGUCGGUGGACCCGGAGAACCCCGCGCUGGCGGCGCGGAAGGAGAAGAUUGACGCUGCGCGCGCGGCGGGGGAGGCCACCGUGCCGGGCGUGCUGGGCGACGAGCUGACGACCAACCCCUUCCUGCGGCCCGACGACCCGAAGAUCCGCGCGAAGCUCGGCGUCGCGGCCGACGCGCCGAUGGACGAGGCCUGGGCCGCGAUCCGCAAGGCCAAGGACAACUUCUAA